AUGGAGGUCCUCGAGGAGGAGCUACACACCAAAAUCUACCCCGGAACGGAGAUUAUGGCUGAUGUCGGAUCGCAUCAUUUUGUGAAAUCUUCGGCCCACUCUAAGAACGUCCUUGUACCACAACCGUCGAAUGACAAGCAUGAUCCGCUCAAUUGGAAUCGGCGUUGGAAAUUCGCAGUCAUAUCGCUUUCGACAGCUUUGAGUUUUAUGCAGGGUCUAGGACCUCUUGCUCUUGCGCCGAUGUUUGGAGAACUCAUGAAAUCAUUUCAUAGCGAUCUAGCUUCGGUUGUGCGGUUCACAGGAAUAUGCAUCUUAGUCCUAGGAUUCAGUAACUUCAUUUGGGUGCCCGUGUCACAAACUAUUGGUAGACGUCCGGUAGCAAUUCUGUCAUCUCUGAUCUGUCUAGCUUCCAUGAUCUGGCGAGCUAAGGCUACCACAUACUCGAGUUUUAUGGGUGCCUGUGUUUUGAACGGCAUCGGAGCUGGCCCUUCUGAGUCCCUUCAACCUCAAGUCAUUGCAGACACUCAAUUCCUCCAUGACCGUGGAGCAUACAACACACUUUAUUUCACAUUUUAUUUCGGAUCAUUGAUGGUCGGGCCAAUCAUCUCAGGCCCAAUGGCUUAUCAUGUCGGAUGGGAAAACUUUUGGUGGCUCAAUGUAGCCUUGUUCGCAGUUCUAAUUGUUUUUUUGGUAUUCUUCUUCCCCGAGACCAAGUGGCAUCGAGAGCAACCACUGGACAUGGAAACCAUAUCUCCCGCAGAACAGCAACAAGCGCCUGUCAACCCAAAAGACGAGGUAGCUCCCCAGCCCACUGAGAUUGAAAGCUCAAAGAACGAAAUUGAACCCGUGGAUGAGUGGUUGCACCGAGGCUCUCCAUCCAAAUCUCAAUUCCGCUUUUGGAAGCUUUCUCCAGAACCUCUGAAGACAAUGGCUAUCACAAUAUGGAUCCCUUGGAAAUUGCAUUUCUACCCCAUCGUCGAAUUCGCCGCCUUUGUGGUUUCAUGGUCUGCCUCGGCGUUCUUGACGGUGAACUUGACGCAGACUCAGGCAUUUGCUGCUCCACCGUAUAAUUGGUCAAGUCAGUCUAUUGGAUUCACCAACUUUGCAACGUUUAUCGGCGCCCUUAUCGGUUUAGCGACAAAUGGGCCUUUGUCGGACUGGAUCUCCAUGCGCGCAACACGGAAGAAUAACGGAGUUCGUGAACCCGAGAUGCGUCUGCCUGCCAUGAUUCCGUAUGUUCUUAUUUCGAUUCUGGGAAAUUUUAUCGUGGCUUUCGGAUAUCAGCACAGCUGGGACUGGAGGGUCAUUGUCAUCAUCGGUUACACCUGUGCCGGUAUUCAAGUUGCUGCUCUUCCCGCUAUCGCUAGCACCUAUGCCGUCGAUAGCUACAAACCCAUCGCCGGAUCUCUUUUCGUGAACAUCACGAUCAAUAAGAACCUGUGGGGUUACGGUUUUAGUGAGUUCAUCACCGAUUGGAUUGAAAAGAGUGGGUAUAUCAAACCAAUCAUGAUGAAUAUGUGUCUGCUUGUCUUGUGGUGUUCCUUUGGAAUCGUGUUUUACUUUUAUGGAAAGCAAUGUAGGAAGUGGACUGCAAAGUCGAGUGUGCACCACAUGAGUGAUAUCUAA